GUGACGCGCUGCGGGCGCGCCCCGGGCAUGGCGGCGGCGGAGCCCGGGAUGAAGCAGUUCAAUGGCGGCGGUGGCGCCGCGCCGGACGCGGAGCGCGGCCGCUUCCCGCACUGCGUGGUGUGGACCCCGAUCCCCGUCCUGACGUGGCUGUUCCCGAUCAUCGGCCACAUGGGGAUCUGCACCUCCACCGGCGUCAUCCGAGACUUCGCAGGGCCCUACUUCGUCUCCGAAGACAACAUGGCAUUUGGGAAACCUGUGAAGUACUGGAAACUGGAUCCCAGCAAAGUCUAUGCCACUGGUCCCAACGCCUGGGACACGGCCGUGCACGACGCGUCCGAGGAGUACAAGCACCGCAUGCACAACCUCUGCUGUGACAACUGCCAUUCCCACGUGGCUCUGGCCUUAAACUUGAUGAGAUACGAUAACAGCACCUCCUGGAACAUGGUGAAACUGUGCUUCUUCACACUCCUCUAUGGGAAAUAUGUCAGCAUAGGGGGAUUUGUGAAGACCUGGCUGCCCUUUGUCCUCUUCCUGGGGGUGAUUGUGACCGUGGUUCUCACCCUGCACCUGCGGUGAUGGCAGCCCUGAACCCCCAAUCCCUGAGCACACAAAGGAAGAAACUGUGACUGAUCCAGCGGGAUAGAGGCAUGGGACUCUGGGAGCCCUUUUCCAGGGGAGGUGGCAGCCCCACUCCAUCGUAACAGCUCAUCUGCGUCUCCUGGAGCUGGCUUCUUUUCCUCCUGUUUCUGUUCUGUUGAUGGUGUCUCCCAGUGUCAGGGGUCUGGAAGCUUCUGCUCUCUCCCUUUCUGCAGCGGGGGAGGUGGGAAUGGGAUCAGGAAAGGAGAGGGGUGGGUGCCUUUGCUUUCGGUGCCAAGAAAAGCCUCAAGGCAAGCUCUGCCUCCUGCAGUGGCACAAGCAGACGCACCUCGGGAGGGUCUCUCUGAUCACCUGCUUUCUUCCUCUUCACCAGACGCUUCCUCAAAUUCCCUGGGUCUCCAGGUAGGAGUUGCUGUUUCCCCUGUGCCACAUCUCUCCAGUAGCACAUGUUCCAAAGUGGAAGUGUGGGGUUCUUCCCAAGGGGAUGGGGUGCCCCAGCACUCAGCGAUGGCCCCCCGGCAGUGGCAGGAGGCUGUUGAGGUGGGACACUCCUGAGGGACGCUCUGUGGCAGGGCCGACUCCCCUGGUCCUGCUGGUGAGCCUGGAAAGGCAGGAAAGUCGAAGGGCUGGCUUGGGAACAGCUCGUGGCAGGGUGCACCCAUCCAGGAGCCUGCUGCAGCCUUGGGAGGCAGCUCUCUGUCCCUUUCAGCUUGUGCCAGAGAAAAUAUCACUUCCCUGCUUCUCUCUGAAUUGCUGAAUCUGGCACUGCAGUCCUCACAAGCCACUGGUGUCCCUUUGAUCCCUGUGCUCCGUGUCUCAGGCGGCGGCUGGGGCUGGAAAACCUCUGUGGGAGCAGCACCUGAGCUUGGAGCUGAAAAGAGAAGGUACUGGAAGUUGCCUGUCUGGCUGAGCUUUGCAGCAGCAAAGUGGGGCAGUGGCUUUCUCCUGGCUGGUCCUGGGUGGUGACUGAGCAAUGGUUUAGGGAGCUUUGGAGAGCACAGCUGGGCACAGGAGCUGUGCAGGGGUUGGUGUGAGGGGCACAGCUUGGGCAGGAUGGGCUGUGCGAGGGGGGCUGUUCCUGAGUGUCAGGCAGGAAGGGAGCUUGGAUGUGCCCUGGAACCCCUUCUACAGCUGGGUCUGCCCUGCAGGUGCUGAUUUCUGAGCCAGGGGGUGUUUUAAAACCAAGCCUGGCUGAAGGGUUAUGCGCAGCUGAGUAGGUCUCUGCUGUCUGCAGAGGGGGGAGAAGAGCUUUGCCACUCACACCUGAAAAACAAGCUCAUUACUCCAGUAUCUGGCAGAUUCCAAGGAAUCCAUUUCCAGGAGUGCUUGUGGCCAGCAGGAAAGCUUUUCUGGAGUCCUUGCCAUGUCUGCUGCUGCCUUUGUCGCUGGUUUUCAGACCCUUCCCCAUGUGCCUCUCCCACUUCCCUGACUCCUCCAGCCUUAUGGGCGGAUAGGACCCUCCUCAUGGGCUCAUUUCUGUGUUUUCCCCUUUUCCUCGGUCACUUUUGAAUCACCCCUCAAGCCUCCUGCUCAUUAUUGUCCCUCUGUCACCACAUCCUGGCCUUCCGCAUCAACCUGGAGCUGAAAUGUUCCAGUGGCUGCUCUGUACAGUCAUUCCCUUCCCGCGUAGAGAGCAUGGGAUGGAGGCUGCUGGGUCUGGGGCUGCAGGGGAAGCCAAAAUCCUGAUCAAAGAGAACCUGGAUGAAAGGACGGAGUGUUCUGAGCUCUGUUCUCUGCCCAGGAGCCACUGCCCAGCGUGCCCAGGGCGAGCCAGCCAGAUGAGAGAGGGGAGUGCUGUCCCCGCAUGUUGAUUCCAGUGUGAUUCCUUGGAGUGACCGGCCCCAGGGCUGGAUCCACCCUCAGCAAUAACCUCGAGCCCCUCGGCCCAUCCCGUUCAUGUUUUAUCCACGAGCUCUACAAGAAUUGCCAAAGCUGAGACUUGGGGGUGUCAGGGGGCCCCUGGACUUCCAAAACCCCACUGUAAAAUUCCCUCUCGUUUGGUCCUGAUGCUUUUUACCAGAGCGGAGUUUGGAAUGGCGAGGGCGAGCCCCCAUCCCUCAUCCUUUGUUCCCUUCAUCUCUGCGGGGCGCUGGAUUUCUUUGUAAAUAUUUAAACUCUGCUUCUGUGGUUUCAUAAUCCCGACGGCAGGGAAAUAAACUGAUUUCUGUGGA